CCUCAGUUCCAGCUGGCCGUGCCUGUCGCCGUGGUCUUCGCCCCGGGGUCGGUGCCCAGGGACUUGCCGAGGCCGCUGCCGUUCAGGGACGUGCAGGAGAUGGAGAUCCCCAUGAACCGGAGAACCAGCAUCACGUCCCGCUACGAGACGAUGUAUCGUAGUGCCACGGCUCAGGAGGAGGCGGCGCUGGAUGCGGCCACUGCACAAGAGGCCGAUGCCGCUCUGCGCCCGCUGCAGGAUGCCUCGUUGGGCUCUCUGACCGUGUACGUGGUCCCUGAAACCUCCUCUCUCCUGCCUCAGGGCAUCAACGCCUACGUGGGGAAGCACCGCAGCGCCCUAGUGAGGGCUGAGGGGGACCUGGCCGCCCUCCGUGCCCGCCUCUGGCAGCUCACGCAGGUGAUGUCCUUCACAGCCAGCUCCAUCACCGCCGCCCUCUCGGACCGCGAGCCUGGCGGCCAGCUCGGCCCUGACGCCCGGCGGCAUUUGAAAUCCAGCCUGGGGUACGGGAUUACCUUCAGCCCGCUGAACCCUGAGCCCAAGUCCCACGCCGUGAACUGGGACAUUGAGGAUGCUGUGAACCGCUACGUGCAGCCCGUGCUGGACAAACUGAGCUUGGUGGCCAACUUCUCUGUUGACUCGCAGAUCCUGUACUAUGCUGUCCUAGGAGUGACACCGCGCUUUGACAAGGAGUCCUCCAGCUUCCUCCUGAGCGCUCACAGCCUCCCGCACGUCAUCAACCCCGUGGAGGCGCGGCUGGGCUCCAGCGCUGCCUCUCUCUACCCCGUGCUGAACUUCCUGCUGUACGUGCCAGAGCGUUCCCACUCCCCUCUGUACAUCCAGGACAAGGACGGAGCCCCAGUGAGCACCAAUGCCUUCCACAGCCCCCGCUGGGGCGGCAUCAUGAUUUACAACGUUGAAGCCCCUGCUUCCACUCCAGCCUCCCUCCCGCUGCAUGUGGACGUGGACAUGGUGCGAGUGAUGGAGGUUUUCCUGGCCCAGCUCAGGUUACUCUUUGGGUUAUCUCGGGAGGAGCUGCCCUCCGACUUCCUGCUGGAGACCCCAGGGAAUGAGGGUCUGGCUGACUGGGAGCUGGACCGCCUGCUCUGGGCCCACACCGUGGAGAACAUCGCCACCGUGUCCACCACCUUGACCUCGCUGGCCCAGCUGCUGGACAAGAUCGGGAACAUCGUCAUCAAAGACGACGUGGCCUCUGAGGUGUACCAAGCAGUGGCCUCAGCACAGAGCGCCAUGGCUGAGCUGGCUGCAGGCCACCUAUACUCAGCUUUCCAGGCCAGCAAGAAGGCGGUCACCUCCUCAGAGCGAGCCUUCUUUGACCCAUCUCUGCUCCAUCUCCUCUACUUCCCCGAUGACCAGAAAUUCGCCAUCUACAUCCCCCUCUUCCUGCCCAUGGCUGUCCCCAUUCUUCUGUCCCUGGCCAAAAUCGCCCGUGAGGCCAGGCAGCGUAAGAAGGAGCCCACCAAGAUGGACUGA